UCCAGAAAUAAUGUACAAUUAUUAUUAGUAUUAUUAUUAUUUAUGAUGACGAUGAUGUUGGAUGUGUCACUUGCUGACGUCUACUUGCACUCACCACCAGGCUCAAACGAUCGUAAUCAAGAGCCACAGACUAAUAGAGAGAAUGACAAUCGUUUAUUCAACUCACAGAAUAAUGCCAAGGGCGGUUACUGUCGCGGUGGCAUACUCACCUGGUACGAGAAGUCCUACCUGCCCAUCGAGUGGACCAACCAGCAUGGCUGUGGCUCCGACCAAACGACGUGCAACCUCAUCCUGCAGUACAUGUGUACCGAACGCACUGGUGACCCCAUGACCCAAGUGCGCGAUGGAACCACCGUCGACAACCUGGACGCCGACAACAUCACGGCAAUUGGCGCGGUCUCUGGUGGUGCUGGCACAGACUUUGUCUACGGCAUGCACGAGUCAUACUACCACUACACCAACUGUACGACCCGUGCACGCAACCAAGGCCUGUUCACCGCCAACAAGACAUUGGAUGACUCGGCCCGCUUCACACGCCAGAAUGAAGGCGGCGAUCAGUAUGGCUGGGAGUGUCCCGAGGAGAGAGAUUAUUAUCCAUACUGGGCACCAUCACCAUGGAAGGACAUUGCCAUAUUCACCGGGGAUACUGACCAAUGUUCUCUCUACCAGCGGGAGUCUCAGAAUGUCCGUUCCAAGUUCUACUGUGUAUUGCCAGGAGUUGGCGCCACCCGAGACAACCUGGCACCCAUCACAGAAGUUGAGUGCACCGCACAAAAUGGAAAAUGGAUGGAGCAGCGAGCAUGGGGUAUGUCCGCUCCCGAGUGCUUGAAGGCCGAAUGGAAUCAUGUUAAUCAUCUUGGCUUGUCCAUGUCGAGUGGCCGUUACAACUCGUAUAACUGGUCCCUACCAUCCCAGUCCAUGGAGCCAUGUAUCGCCAUGGGCACCUGUCAAUGUGUAUUGCGUAUACGUUACAACAUCUCAUCAGCUGAGAUAGUUGGAUUCGGAAGAAAGGCAACUGAUUACAAGAAUAAUCAUGCCAACUCACCAAUCUUUGAUGACCUCCAAGUGCCCAUUGGUGAUAAGGGACAUUCGUUGGCACUCAACAUUGAUGAGGCACAAUAUGGCCGCACAUUCCAAGACCGAUCACAUGUGUUUUCCAUCAAAUCCCGACCGGCCAACCUCAAAGACGCCAAGAUCUGGAACUUGUUGGUCAAGGGAAAGCGAGGCAACAUUGUGGAUGCCUACCCUGCGAUUGAGUACCAGUUCGCACCCAGCCAGCUCCACGUCAAGAUCAAUGAGCACGUGCAUUUCCAGUGGACUGGCUGCGACUUCAACCCCGAGGACAACGCGGGCAAUGGAGCCAAGAAGUUGGAUCGAUCAAACAUCAUCCAGAUUCACUCGCUUAACCAAGGCAUCCCAUUCAAAGAGUCCGACUACACUAAGGACAAUGCACUCUUCCCCGACCCCGAUGUUCGUGAACGCUUUGCCUUCUUGGACCAAGUUGGAUGCCUUUCGCAAGCUGACCUAGUGGCCAAACAUGGCGAGGACAAGGGUGCCAUCGAGACCGAUCCCCAGAACUGCGCGUACCUCAACGCCGCCUCCAACACAUUCGAUGGCGAAGUGCAUCAGAUGGACCGAGUCGGAUCGUACUACUUCAUGUCCACUCGCAACAAUGAGUUCUCUAAUCGUGAUCAGAAGGGUGCAAUUCAUGUCGACCCGCUCUUGUGGCCAUGGCAAAUUGCAUUAAUCGGAGCUGGAAGUGCACUAUUUGUCGCACUUGUUGUCUCUGCUGGAGCACUUGCCUAUGCUCGAACACAUCCACACUCUGGCGCCAACCGAUUCUUCUCCAGAGUACCAGGUGUCCGGAAGAUAGUU